UCGUGAACGGUCGUUCUCCGGUCGGCCAAAUUUACAAAUAAUUGUGAAAGUUAGAAAAUUCUUACAAGUUAACGAUUGUGUCUAAGUUGAUGUACGUUUACGUCGAUUUCUAACCCAAAAUAAAAGUGCACAUGAUACGAAACCCCAUAACUAAUACGUGCGAUAUUAAUAAGACUUUGCAAAUAAAUUUCUCAAACUUACGGCAAAGCAUUGUUAAAACUCAAUUUUGGAUUACGCGUUCCCUUCUAAAGGACUUGGAUUUCCGUCAAUUCGAUUAUGGCGAAUGCCACCCCAGAAAAACUUUACAUGCAAUUAAGCGCAUCGGAAUUAGCUGCAAUUAUUAUGAAAGAUUCACCCAAUUCCAACGACCGUGAUGCGGGUUUUUGUUCCGCGAGUUCGGAAAGCGAAGGCGGAGAUGACCUGGCCGUCGAGCACGCGCGCAGUGGCAGUCCCAACAUCGGGGCAAAAGGAACAGAUUCGGCGGACUUCAAGCCAAUAGCACUCAUUCGCAACAAACGCAAGAGCACGGAACCCUCCAAGGUCGUAGGCUUAUCGACCACCCCGUCUAGUUCCAUGUCUGGCCCUCCGGUCAAUGCCAGUAUGAAUGCAACAGGUCCGCUUAAAAAACGCAUACGAUACACCUCUUCGGCCGAUUCGGCGGUAGUGCUAACACCUCCAGCCAUAGAGUCUCCACCGCCCAUCGGUUGUUUGCCUUCCACGUUGAGCUUGGAGCACGAAAUUAUGCCGAACCCGGCUCACAUAUUCGUCCGUCACCCGGGAGUUACUACCCUUCACCGACCGUUUGCCGCCGAUCCCGAACAGCUAGAACCACUCGCAUUAGUGACCAAGAAGAAUAAAUGUGCUGACAACGCGGCGCCACAAGCGGAAAUGUACUCCACCCUUUUGAAUGGGAAGCAGCCAUCUGCCAAAAAGACGUUGCAGAAAAAGGCGCCAAAGAUAUCAAGCUCAUCUACAAUGCUGGACGCAAGUCUCAGCGAUGAGGAUCUGUGCAAGCCGGGAAUAGCAUCUGAGAUGCCGCGACCGCACCAGCAUCAGCGCAAUUACAAGAACAUGACGAGGGAGCGCCGCAUCGAGGCAAACGCUCGGGAGCGGACCCGUGUCCACACCAUAUCCGCCGCCUACGAAACGCUUCGCCAAGCGGUUCCAGCCUAUGCCAGCACUCAGAAACUAUCCAAGCUCUCCGUGCUACGGGUGGCCUGUUCCUAUAUACUGACUUUGAGCAGAAUGGCUGGCGAGGACUACAGCGCCGAUCAAUCGGAGCCGUCUAUUGCCGAGUGCCUGGAAGCCGUGACAUCUACCAUUCAAACCGAAGGAAAGGUGAAGCGGAAGAAGGACGAGUAACCUUUUCAGUUUGGUCGAUACACACUUUUUAAGACUUUUAACGCGACUGAUACUGCUAAUGUUACAAAUAAUCAAGUGUGCUUGAGCUUAGGCCGAUCCUGCAUACAGCAUUCCUACCCACACGCUCUGAGUCUUAAGCAUAGUUGAGGUCACAAGUGGCCAAAUAGCUUUAAAAGUUUUCAAGGCUUUGUUUAGUUAUACAAACCAGAUAAGUUUUAAGUUGAGGGGAAAUCGAUAAUGCGCGAAAUGAACUUUUUGAGUAUGCAUGCAUACAUAUUGUACAAUAUAUUGAUAAUAGUAGAUUUAAGUACCAGCGAUGUGAUCCUAAUUUAAAAUCGCUUUUUACUGGAACAUGUUAGGGAGUACAAAUAGUCAGCACCAAUACAUUGAAAAGACAAUAAUCGUUAUCUUAAAACUUUAAGGGACAAUAAGUAAACUUUUUAAAUAUAGCUUAUAACGUUUCAUUACCAUUUUUGUUUCAAACACGGCUCUUAUUUCAAUAUUCAAACACUCACGUAAACAAAUAUAAAAUUAUAAGAGAAACUUUGCCAAAAUGGAUUAAUACAUACUAUACUUUGGGAUAGAAUAUGAAUAAAUAUAUAUAUUUUUACAUGUACCUUUAAAUAAAGAACCCUCUGAAAACUAGUAAGUUUUUUAUAAGCAAUACAAUAACAAUUGGCUAAGUUUAUAAUGCUAGUGCAUGUGAACGAGAACAAAUUGUGGUGACAAAAAUGUUUUUAUUUUCUUAUGCUGUCGAUAAGAGAGUUCCAUCUACCUACGGAACUAAAUUGAAAACCUGAAUUAUUUCAGUCUGUGUAAAUAAUAGUCUUUUACCCUUGAAUAGUAAUCUCAUGGUUUGUUAUAAAAAGAUAUAUGUAUACAUACGCGUAAGUGCCAUAAAAGCAGAAAAUAUAAAAAUCUGACUGUCCA